GGCUGCUCCCUGUUCAGGGUCGCCACAGUGGAUCGUUUGGUCCACAUGCUUUGAUUAAAUUUUAUGCCGGAUGUCCUUCCUGACGCAACCCUCCCGUUUUAUCCGGACUUGGGACCGGCACUGAGAGUUAACUAGCUCCCUGCCUGGGAAUUGAAACCGGGCCACGGCAAUGAGAGCACGAUAUCCUGCCGCUGGACCACCAGGAGCUAAACUGCCAUGUAUAUAUUCCUUUUUUUGCACGACUGCAUUACAAUGGCUGAAAAGUUCACAUUGGAACCUCACCACAUUUUUGGACUGAAAAAGAAAGUCAAUAACAACUUGCACUUCAUGAAUGACCAAACCGUCAUUUUCCCCAGUGGAAAAUUCUGUGUGCGAUACAAUCUCUUUCGCCAACAGUACAAAUUCUUUCCAGUUGCGAAGACAAGCGAAGGCAUCCAGGCACUGGCGAUGAGCCCCAACAAGCACUACCUGGCUGCGUCUGAGCGCGGGAAACAGGGCACUAUCACCAUCUAUAAUCUUCGGUUGAAAGGUUGCCCCAAGAAACGGGUUCUGACGGGUGGUAAGAUCAACGUGCAGGAGUUUGUCUGCAUGGCUUUUUCUUCUGAUUCCAAAUACCUGCUAGGCCAGUCUGGAGGACCAGAUUGGACCCUCUUCUACUGGGACUGGGAGAAGAAUAAGGUCAUUGCCCGGGAGGACAUCACAAGGAUUGGCUUUGUCAAUCAGGUCAGCUUUAACCCCAAAGACAGCACACAGGUCUGUGUGAAUGGAAAAGGAGUCAUCAAGACCUUUACGCUGGAGCACGGCAUCCUGAAACAGACCAGAGUGUUUAACAUGAAAACAGAUAGCAUCCUGUGCCACACAUGGAUGUCUGAGGACUGCAUUGUCGCAGGAACAGAAACUGGAAAUUUGCUUCUGCUGAUGGUGAAGUCCGGAUCCAUACACGAGCUGGGGAGGCCGUAUGAGAGGCAAAUGGAGUAUACAGGCUCUGAUGCAACGGUCUUAGCUCCUUACACACUGCCGCGUAUUACUGCCAUCACGCAGUACUCUAGAGGCUUCAUCUGUUCAGGUAGACCUGGCCAAGUUUGCCUCUAUGAAGAAACGACGGAGAAGAAUGACUACAGGAAGACCAUGGAAAUAAGCAUUCCUCAGGACCCGUGCCUUCUGCCAAGUCAGGCUGAGAUAACCUCUUUAUGCAUGAAUCCAUUAGAGGAUAUCCUGGCCAUUACCACAGACCAAGGCCAAAUCUACCACGCCAAUCUCAAAUUAGCUGAGAGUAACAAGGCUAACUUCAAGUUCCUGUUUCACUCUCUUCAUGCUGAGAGCAUCACUCAUCUGUCAGUCUGCUUAUCCAAACUGCUUGUUGCCACCUGCUCAAAGGACAACUCUGUGCGUGUCUGGAACUAUGAGACCAGGUCUCUGGAGCUGUACAAAGAGUUUCCUGAAGAUCUGUACUGCAUGGCAUUGCACCCUAAUGGCCACUCCAUCCUGGUUGGAUUCUGUGAUAGGCUCUGCCUCAUGAACAUAUUAGUGGACAAAUUCCAGACUGUGCAGGAAUUUCCCACAGGCCCCUAUGAACAGUGUGUGUUCAACCACGAUGGCAACCUGUUCGCCGCCAUCACCGGCAAAGUGAUUCACGUUUACAAUGUGAGAACACAGAAAAAAGUGGAGCUUACGGGUCACCGUAAGAAGGUGCUGUCGUUGAAUUGGAGCAAAGAUGACAGCCGCCUGGUGUCCUGUGGGAUGGACGGCACCAUAUACAUGUGGAACAUUCAGACUGGCAUGUGCGAGUCUAAAAGCAUACAGAAAUCAUGCAUCUACACUGAUGUGGCGUUUUCAUCCGACAGUGAGAACGUCCUCGCUGUAGGCAGUGAUUUCAAACUGAAGGAGUUCCACGAUAAACAGAUCACAAUGGAACUGGACUCAGAUGGUGUUGAGUACAGAGCCGUCUGCGUGACUCAUUCUGGCAAAGCGGUCUUCGUUGGAACCGCUGCUGGUAACGUGAGGGUCAUGCAGUACCCGUUACAAGAAGGGGGAACAUGGACAGAGUACCAGGCCCAUUCAAGUCCCAUCACCAAAAUGGUCAUCACGCCUGGUGAUCGUUAUCUGGUGACGGCCUCAGAGGAUGGCUCCCUCCUCAUCUGGACAGUCACUGACAAUCUGGGACGCCUGCUAUGUGUAAAAGAAAUGAAGUACACCGAUGAGGUCCUCUGUUCCAAGUCCUAUCUGGAGCAAAAGGAAAAGAGUUUACAAGAGGCUAACACCCAGGUGUUAAGGCUGGAGUUUGAGCAGGGGCAAGUGCAGAAUCGGAAGGACAGGAUCUACAUGCAGAAGCUCAGUGAACUCGAGCGGAAAUACCUCAAGCAGAUUGAGGAUCUGAAAGCCCAAAAUGAGACGCUGAUUGUCGAGAACGAGAAGCAGAAGGCCUUGAUAGAGAAAAUGACGAAAGAUCAUGCCAAAGAGCUGGAGGAUGAAAAACAAGCCCACAAUCAAAAGCUGCUUGAGGAAUAUGAAAAGCACUGUCAGAUGGAUCAUAGACUAAUUCAGGAUCUGAAGGCGGAUUGUAAAAAGAAACUUCACCAGCAGGAGGAAAGCUAUCAUUGUGCCAUGAAGGAGAUGAAAAAGUCCCAUCAGGAUGAACUGCUGGAGCAACAGGCCAAGUUCGUGGAGACUCAAAAACAGAUACGGGCGUCUGUGAUCAAAAAACUCGACGUGAAGGAGAUGACCGAAGAAUUCAAAACUGAAAUGGAACUGGCCGAGGAGCAGGUAAGUGAAUUUGAGAACAUGAAAAAGAACUUGCUGGAUCGAGAUGCGGACAUCUGUAAGCUAAAGGAGGACCUGAAGCGCAUGAAGCAGGAAGUAAAAAAGGUCAAGCAACUGAGGAAGGAGAAUGAGACACAAAAUGAGAUUAUCGAUGUACAGAAAAAACAAAUCUUAGCACUGCUUGCAAAGCUCGAGAAGUUCAAUAAAGGAGACUACAUCGACUAUGAAACGCUGCAACACCGGUUCAAUCAGGUAAGGCAUGAACGAGAUCAUUUAAAGAAACUCGGUCACCCGAAGGAAAUCAAGCAAAUGCAGCAGAAGAUUGAAGAGAACAAAACAGUCAUCAAAGAGCUCAAGAUUGAGUUGGAGAGGAGCAACACAAAGAACAAGGAGCUCAUUGAGGACCUGAAGAAGAGGCUGACAUUAAAGGAUGAAGAGUUGCGCAGGGCCUUACACACGAACACUCUGGUGGAAAGGAUGAAGGCUGACAUCCAAAGGGGCUCCAACUUCCUCGAUCAGCCGAAGAUGCUGAAAGAUCACUUUAUGAGACUCAAGAAAUGCUACAUCCUUAAAGCAGAAAAUCUCCCCCAAUCGUCGAUCCACAGUACCCCUAGAACAAUCACUAAAAGAGUCCGUAGGCAUUGUCCAGCAACAGCACACAGAAUUCUAGUCCCUAAGACGAUCAUGGAUAGAGGAGAAGGCUCAGCUAAAUGUCCGAAAUCACCGGGCAUUACACUUCCACCCAUUAAGAAGAUAUAAAACAUCAGAUCAUCACCAUGGACAUUAAAUAAAAAAAAUAAAAAUGACAUGAAAUGUAGGUGUUUGCCUCAGACUUUAUUUAUUAAUUAAACAAGCAAAAAGCUCAGAAAAAGCUCAGCUGCAUGUCAGAGUUCA